GGCCCCUUCCCUAGGUCCUCCGCGCUACUCUGUCAGGCCCCGCCUAUUUUCUGCUCUCCUGGACCUUUAGGCUUGUCUUGGCCCAUUUGAAGACCAGGAAGUUGAUAAAUCGCGAGGCCCGCUGCUGAGAGACGGUGGCUCGGAUGGGACAGUCGCCAGGGAUGGCGGAGCGUGAGGAUGGAGCGGGUGUCCGGGCUGCUCUCCUGGACGCUGAGCCCAGUCCUGUGGCUCUCCGGCCUCUUUGAGCGGGGAGCUGCCCGGCAGCCCCGGAUCAUGGAAGAAAAAGCGCUAGAGGUUUAUGAUUUGAUUCGAACUAUCCGGGACCCAGAGAAGCCCAAUACUUUAGAAGAACUGGAAGUGGUAACAGAAAGUAGUGUGGAGGUUCAGGAGAUAAACGAAGAAGACUAUUUGGUUAUUAUCAGGUUCACGCCAACAGUACCUCACUGCUCUUUGGCAACCCUUAUUGGGCUGUGCUUAAGAGUAAAACUUCAGCGGUGUUUACCGUUUAAACAUAAGUUGGAAAUCUACAUUUCUGAAGGAACCCACUCAACAGAGGAAGACAUCAACAAGCAGAUAAAUGACAAAGAGCGAGUGGCAGCUGCAAUGGAAAACCCCAACUUACGGGAAAUUGUGGAACAGUGUGUUCUUGAGCCUGACUAAUAGUUUUAAGAGCCACUUAACUUUAAUUGUUUGAUAUUUUUGUUUAAAUUCUUCGUAAAAUGUAAAAGACAUGUUUAAUACAUAGGUAUUUGUACCUCAAGGCGUUUUUUUAACAGACGAUUUGCAAGCAAGAUUUAAUUAUAAGUAGUACCUAGUUUGUUCAGUGUAUAACAUUCUCAGGAUUUGUAACACUUAAGUGAUUGGACAGAAAAAUAUUUUCUAGUGAUUAUGUGUCAGAUGAGUUGCCAUUUUUCUGGUGCCUCUUCUGAUAACAACUACUUUUCAUGUCAAAUAUUUACUGUGCCCAAGUGUAUUCAAUUUAAAUCAUUGUAGAAUAAAUAAAGCAGAGAUGAUUCUGGUAAUGAUGUACCUUAGAAUGUUUUUGUUGAAUUAUAAAUCUUAGUGUAAAUGCCAACUCUAAAAGAUAUUUACAAAGCUUUAUUUUCUGAUUAUUAUGUAGAAUCAGAAAUCUGAGAACCAGAAAGAACCCUUAAAAUCAGGAGUAGGCCCUGCCUUCAAGGAUAGUCUUGGACCCAUUUGUAGAUGAGGAUCAAAUGUGGAGUGGGCCAGAUAACAUACGUAAUUUUGAAGAUCAAGAAGUCCCCAGAGAAGUUUUGAUUAAACCAAUCUAAAUUUAUGGUUUAUUCUUUACUUGAACUUUGUUCAGUUUAUUUUAGGGGAUAAUGAUCAUUUGAAAUGUAACAGGGUGUGGAAGGUGGCCUCCCAGAUGUUUCCCAGUGAUCCUUGAUUCCUGGUCUUCAUGCCUCUAUAUAUUUCCUUCUAUAUUGAAUCAAAGCUGGUAGGUGUGGCUAAUCAAGAAUCGGAGGUGACAGUGUGUGACUUCUGAGGCUAGAUCAUAACAGGUGUUGUUACAUUCAUCUUGAUUUCUUGAAUUUCUCACUCUGUGGGAAUCCAGCUACCGCAUCUUGAGAACACACGAGCAACCCUGUGGAGAAUUCCACAAGGAGAGGAAUUGUGGCCUUGCACCAACAGUCAGCACCAAUUUGCAAACCAUGUGAGUGAACCAUGUUAGAAGUGAUCCUCCAGCCUCAGUCAAGCUGAUAUCUUGACUGGAACUUCACGAGACCCUGAGCCAGAACUGUCUAGCUAAGCCGCCCACAUUCCUGACCCAGAGAAGCUGUGAGCAAUAAUAAAUGUUUAUU